AUAGUUUUACGAUGUGUUAUGGACUAAAAUAAGAUAAGGGUUCGGUUCUUGACAGUUAGUUUUUGAGAACUGACAGAGGACAAUGGGUCCUCAGAGCGCUGUGUCUAAGAUGAGCCCUGGGGUUAGUGAGAAACCACACACAACAAGCAGCAUUUGUUUUCGAGCCCCUGAAGCAGAAGUGGAAGAGGGUUGUAGGGGGACAGUUUGGGGACUGGCUACGUCGCACAAACAGAAUAAGGCGGUCCUCUUGAAUUGGUAAUAUAGACAAAACACAGGAAUCCCAUGGUGAUCAAACCAACCAGAUCAGUAUUCUGAUGACUCUCUGUUUGAGGUGAUUACCACACUAGGCCAUAAAAGGGCAAGCCAGCCUCCCUGUUAAUUAGGUCUUUUACUACACCCAGUCAGUUUAUAAAGAGUGCUGUAGAGGAGGAGAGAGUCACAACAUAUCCACUCAGCAGAUAACUUUAGCCUCGGAUCCUACUAGAGUUCCUUGUCAGAGCUGCAGAGGACACGCGGGUUCUGAGAAUGCCACAUUUAUCUGAUUGUAGCUACUACAUGAUGCGAGACGGAGCCCAAGUUGCCAGUGUUCAGAACCACCUGGAGACCUCCAAGUACCACCUCCACCAAGCUCAGGCCCAGCAGGUCAAACAGUACCUGACUUUAGGCACCAAGCUUCCUGGCCAGGCCCACCCACACCCAGGCCAGGCCCUAGGCACAAUGCCUGUCAUGCGCAAUGGCCAUAUGACACCUGUCAGCGACAACAGCACACCUGGCAGUCCCGUCACCCUCUUCACCCUCGCCAGCAGCCACGACACUGAGUUUCCAGUAGAUGAAGUUAUUGAUGAUCUCAUUGGAUUUGAAUCUGGGUUCAAUGAUGGGAGCUUGGAGUGUAUGGAGCCUAGCAUCAUAAUGCAAAAUAAUGUGGCCCUGAACAGCGGCAUGCUGGAAGUCUAUGGCGGUGACCAAGGUAUGACUGCCUCUCAUGGUGGACUGACACCCCCCUCAUGCCCCCCAAAGCUCUCUGUUAAAAUGGAAGUCACAGAACACGACACCAGAGUCUUAGCAAAAGAGAGACAGAAGAAAGACAAUCACAAUCUGAUUGAAAGAAGGCGGCGAUACAACAUCAACUACAGAAUCAAAGAGCUUGGAACUCUGAUACCGAAGUCCAAUGACCCUGAUAUGCGCUGGAACAAAGGGACCAUCCUCAAGGCCUCGGUGGAGUACAUUAAGUGGCUGCAGAAAGAGCAGCAACAUGCGCGAGAGCUGGAGAGUCGCCAGAAGAAGCUGGAGCAGGCUAACAGGAGACUGCUGCUCAGGAUUCAGGAGUUAGAGAUCCAAGCUCGUGCUCAUGGUCUGCCCAGUAAUCUGGGGGCAGCGGAGAUCUCGUCUCACCUCGUCAAACAGCAGCAGCAACAGCAGCAGCAGCAGCAGGCACUUCCAGCUCCUGCGGUUACUCCUGGAGCACAGACUUCUCUCUACCCACAGGAUGAGCUCAGUGGCCCCGAGUACCUGCAGAGGAACUCCCUGUCUGUGCUCCAUGCCGGAAAUGAAGGCAACAGCAGCUCCUCUGGUGAGCAUGCAGACGCCACUUCGACGACCUUCUCAGACCCGCUGUCACACUUCACGGACUUCUUUAGUGCCACUCUGAAGGAGGAGCAGCGGCUGGACGAGCUCCUCAUGGAGGAGGCGCUGUCUCCGUUCGGGACUGACCCACUGCUUUCAGCCACUUCGCCCAACGCGUCUAAGGGGAGCAGCCGCAGGAGCAGCUUUAGCACGGAUGACAACGACGACCUUUGACACCGUUCACAGUAUUCUUACACUUCUGGAUCUGACGUAUGUGACUGAUCUCCAGCUUUUCCUCUAGACACAGGGACACAUCUUCUAUGUGUCCUGGAAAUUCAGAAACUUAAAAAAGGGGGAGAUGAACUGAUAUUCUGAAACUACUGUACAGCCUUUACUAUAGAUGCUUAUAACACUGGUCACACACAUCACUGGACUAUUAAAACUGUAUGCUUCUGAAGUGUAACAUAAUGGCAUUGUUCAUAAGGAUCACUAAAGGAAAAAGUGAAGAGAAGAUGGAGAAGAGGAACUUUUUUCCUCCUCAUCUGCCAUGCCUUAUCUCAGACAGGGUUAGCUUCAUAAACGUAUAUAAGAGGAAGUGUUGUAAAUGUAAUUUAAUAAUAGCAAUUAAACUAACAUGCCUUAUUGUUUUUAAAAUAUUUUUAAAGGAAAAUAUCACUUUGUGUAUUUAUACAUCCUAAUCCCUGUAUUGUUGGAAAAAAAUGUCUUAUACAAUCUAACACUUUCUAUUUUUUAUUUUUUAUUUUUUAGAUAUCUUUGGGGUGGGGAAAACACAUUAAACCCCUUUUUGAU